AUGAAGUUUCGAAUGAUCUUGUUUCAUCUUGUUGUAUUUCUACUUCUGAAUAAAAUUAUUAAUGGAAUUACAAGCCCGAUUACACCUCGCAUAAUAUACAAGCAUUCACUUCAACUAAAGACAAAUGUUGCUGAUCUUUGGUGGACAACAAAUGAAGUAGAAAAAGAAAUUAUUUUUGAAUUACAUAUAAAUACAACAGGAUGGAUUGCUUUAGGCAUAAGUCCAGCUGGUGGAAUGAAUGGUGCUGAUCUUGGAGUUGGAUGGAUUGAUCAAUCGGGUAAUAUACAUUUUCAAGAUCGAUAUGCAUUUGAUACUGUCAUUCCUAUUCUUGAUAAUACAACAAGUGAUUGGUUUGCACUACAAGGAUGUGAACAAAAUGGUUGGACAGCAAUUCAAUUUAAACGUUUAUUUGACACAUGUGAUAUAAUGGAUGUAUCAAUUAAGUCGGGAACAAACAAUCUUAUAUAUGCUUAUGGUCUUAUUGAUCCAGAUACUGACAUAACAUAUCAUGAAACACGAAGAGGUUCACGUACUUUGUCUCUUCGAUCUUACAAUGAUCCACCAUUAGAAAGCAAAUUUACUCAAUUGGAUUAUUUUGAUGUUCGACUGAAUAAUUAUAUCAUUCCACCUAGUGAUACUAUAUAUGUUUGUAAAAUAUACAAAACACCGAGUAAUUAUUCGUCUAAACGACAUGUUAUUGCUAUGAUCGAAUAUCCUGAAGAAGCUGGUUAUUCAAUAGGUGGUGAUUUGGACGUAAAAUACUACAUGAUUCAAAUACAUUUUAAUAAUCCAAAUCAAAUAUCAAGUAUACAAUAUAAUUCAUGUUGGAUAAUAAAAAUAUUUAACUCAAUUUUAGAUAUUACUGAUAGUUCAGGUAUUCGAUUUUAUAUUAGUAAUCAAUUACGUCAAUAUGAUAUUGGUUAUUUAACGUUUGGUACUGAUAUCAGAUCAACUAGUCUUGCUAUUCCACCAAAUGUUCAAAACUUUAUUGUUGAUUCUUAUUGUCCUAGGAAUGCAACUACAAAUAUUCCACAAUCGGGAAUUACAGUUAUAUCAGCUUUUCCACAUGCUCAUUUACAAGGUAAAAAAAACUAA